GACAACACUGGCCAUCAAAACUGAUUUGCUUUUCAUAAAGUUGUUUGUGUCGUCACCUUGUGGUGGUGAUUUUCAAAACUUGUGUAUUAACUUCAAAUUUCAUCAAUCUAUUGUGCACAUUAAAGCGUUUACUGUGUGCUGGGACAUUCAAGUGCGUUAGUUUAUUUGUAAUCGUCAAGAAAACUACGAUGUCGGAGCCAAAACCAGAAAACAAUGGUAAUGGUAGUAACGGAGACGAACAAAGGGAGAACGGCGGAGGAGAUGAAGGCGACGCGUGGGGAAGCAGCGACUCCUCACACAUACGGCAAGUGGCAAAAAUGCCUGUCGAUAGGAAUGCCGCAUAUUAUAACAUGAACCACAAAAACCGCGGCAUGGCCAUUAUCUUCAACCACGAGCAUUUUGAUAUUCAUAGCCUCAAAUCGCGCACGGGAACGAACGUCGACAGCGAUAAUUUGAGCAAGGUGCUCAAGGCCCUUGGCUUUAGAGUCACGGUUUGCCACAAUCUGAAAUCUGAAGACAUCAAUAGGUACAUACAAGACCUUGCUGGAAUGGAUCACACCGAUAAUGAUUGCCUGCUUAUUGCAGUGCUGAGUCAUGGCGAACUUGGUAUGCUGUACGCUAAGGAUACUCACUACAAGCCAGACAACUUAUGGUACUACUUCACGGCUGAUAAAUGCCCAUCAUUGGCUGGUAAACCAAAGUUGUUCUUUAUCCAAGCUUGUCAAGGAGAUAAGCUUGAUGGAGGAAUUACUUUAGCAACCUCUAAUCGCACUGAAACUGACGGCUUGUCGAGUUCAACCUACAGAAUCCCUAUUCAUGCUGAUUUUCUGAUUGUGUUUUCUACUGUGCCUGGCUACUUUUCUUGGCGCAACACUACCCGUGGGUCCUGGUUCAUGCAAGCGCUGUGCGAGGAGCUGCGGUAUGCUGGAACUGAUAGAGACAUUCUGACACUGCUAACAUUUGUUUGUCAAAAAGUGGCUCUUGACUAUGAGUCGAACACUCCGGACAUGCCAACUAUGCACCAACAGAAGCAGGUGCCAUGCAUCACCAGUAUGCUGACCAGACUCCUUGUAUUUGGCAAUUAUGUGGGGCCUCCUAAAAUAAUUACACACAUGGGUAGCUUAGAUCCUACCACCACCCUGUUACCUACAUCUCAAAUUUCCUUCCCAGGCCUGUGGCAAAGGAAGUUUUUAUUACUUGGUGCAUUUAUCAUAGUUAUAAUGGUAAUUAUUACUUUGUUAUUUACCUGCUUGAAAUGCUUUGAUGCACAAUCAUGACAUCCGCAGUACUCAAAAUGCUCUGAAUUAAUUGAUCUGAUAUUUUUAUAGACAGUAACAAUUUCUUUACAUACAGUAAUAUUUUUUAAUAAGAUAAUGAUUUAAUUAGGUGCAUUAAUAUAUUUACCUAUAAUGGGUAAUUUAUUUUCUCAUGGGCUAUAUGUUUAAUGAAAAUUAUUAUAAUUAACAAUGCAACAUUAACACCUACCUAAUUUGUUUCUCCAUAUUAGUUAUGUUAUGUUUUUGUUAAUAUAGGAAAUGUUUAGUUAAAUUUAGUGUUACCUGUGAGUUUUAUUCACAAUAAUACUAAAAUAUAGCAGUGGCGGGGCAUACAACCUAUGUUAAUUUGGCCUAGAAGUAUCUCAAAGUAGUAAAGCCAAUGAAAGUCGACUUUCUAAAGCCUUGCCCCUGAUAAGUUAGUAACUUCAAUAAACCUCAUAGAAUUUAAUUGUGUGCUAGUUGUGAAUUUUGAAACAGCCACUUGUCAUGUAAUUUUGCCAGAUUUUUGUUUCCAUUUGAUUUAGUUUUACUUAGUCCAUAACUGUAUGAGCUUAAUUUUAUUUUAUUGUAUUGAAGUAAUAGUUUUUAAGUUAUUUUUAUUUUUCAUUGCAUAGGUACCUUGAUUCCAUGAACAAAAUAGUGAAUAUGAGUUUGUUGUAUUUGAUGAAGUCUUGUCAAUUUUGUUUUAGUAUAUUUUAUACAAUAUUCCUUGAAAUGAUCUUUUUAAAUUUAAGAAUUCUUCUGCCAUUUUAGUAGUAUAGUAUAAUAUUUCAUGUAUUCAUAUCAAAGUAUCAUACCAAUGAUGUUAAGGAGAAAAAUAGAUCAAAAUUACGUAAGUAUUUUAGUAGAAAUUUGGAAAUGUUCAGAAAUAUGCUCAAUGUUGGACUGGUGUAUGUGAUAUGAAUUGAACUGAUAAUGUUUAGAAUGUGAUAAAAAGUAUUCAAAAUACCUGCGAGGAAAAUAAUUGUAAUGAUAUGCUAUGUGUGAUAUAUAUGCAUUCUUUUUGUACGUGCCUUUAAAGACACUUUAAUAUUUCGUAGUUAUGUAAUGAUCAUAAAAACUUUUUAAAACGCACCAUUUCCUCAUAGGGAUUUUAACAAGAGCAUAAUAACGGAGUUUGUUAGUGAAACUAUUUUUAUACUAAUUGUGUAAGGUUUAUUAAGCAAUAAACUUUUCUUCCAUGAA